UCUCUCUAUCACUUUUUUCCUCUCAAAGAGAAAAAAAUGGUAUCGCCAAAAAAAUGUUCUGGCUUUAGACCUCCCACCAGAAAAAAAAGGAAAAAGAAGUCAUCAUCAUCGUCCGAUUAUAAACCUCUUUCGCGAUGUCUAAAGGUAAAUGAUAACAAUGUGGGUUCAUCUGGAAAAUCGGUGCCGCUCUUGGAGCAUUCGAAUGAGUUAUGCUCGACUGAUCAAUCGAAACUCUGUGGCAACUGCUCGGCUGAUGAAAAAGUUGACGAUGCGUUUGGCCGAAAAGUUGGCGACGUAGCUGUUAGAAAAGCUGUCACAGAAGGUGCUGAAACGAAGAAGCCUUGGUGCCAACUUUUAUCUGAGUUUCCGCAGGGCCCCAUUAAGCGGAAAGUAUAUCAAGGAUUUUUUCAUAUUCAGGACUCAAACACAAACUCGAGAUCUCUGGUUAAAAUAGAAACAACGUCAUCCACUGCAACACUGAAUCCAACAGUGGAGAUUUCUGGGCAACAUUUCAUGGCUGGUGCGGGCAAAGACCUUCCCGAACAUGCAAUGAUUUGUGUGAUAAAUCUUGAAGAGUACCAAAACUCGCUGGCUUUGAUUGAGAGGAAGGGAAGCAGAGAACCCGUGCGGUUCAAUGGAAAUGCCCUUGGGUGGAAUACUAGUGGCCUUCUCAAUUCAGGCGAUCAGAUCGUCUCUGGUCAAUUGGGAAAAUAUGCUUAUGUAUCCUUCCCAUAUGGCGUUGGCUUAGGUGGUCUCUGUAAAGAUUCUCAUGGAUACUUCUGCAAAGUCAGUGAGCUGUGCUUAGACGCCCCGGCUGUAGAUGCUCCGGACAAGUUACUCGCGAACACAUUGUUUGAGGUUGUAUUCAAUGAGAGCCGGAAGUCGCCAUUCAUUUUGUUCGUGAAAGAUGCUGACAAAGUAAUGGGAGGAAACUCAGAAUUAUAUUCAACAUUUAAAAGUCGGCUUGAGAAGCUUCCUGAUAAUGUAAUUACUAUUGGUUCACACGCUCAUACAGAUAAUCAUAAGGAGAAGGUCAAGAAAAUUAUAGCAGGUUAUUUGGCUGGUUGUAGAGUUCAAACAGGUAUUUUCACCACAAUUAACUUACUUAGUUGCUUUAUUUGGUUAACUUUCUGAACAUAAGGUAGAAAACAAAGACUUGCUACCAUGAAAUUUGAUUUAAAUUCCUGGCUUCUAAAGGCCAUGUGCAAGAACUUUCCAAUGCCAUAAGCAGAUUAUAUUUUCUACUACAUUACGGAAGCCUUGGCAUAACAUGUAAAGUUAUUGCUAUGUGAUUAGAAGGUCAAAAGUUUGAGCCGUAGAAACAGGAUAAAGUUGCAUACAAUAGACUCUUAUGGUCCAACCCUUCCCCGUACAAGCUGCCCUUC